GAAUCGCGACCUGUUCAUAAACAAUUUCGCGUGUCACGUGUCGUUGAACCGCCACCACGUGUAGUAGAGGCGUGACAAUACAAAUAAAUAGGAAGCAUGCUGGCAAAAUGCCAGCACGCGCCAUUAUGGAUUCUGAAAUUGGAAAUUUAUAUCCCAAUCGCGGUAAAUAAUCGAGAAUCAUGGAAUGAUCAUUCGCAGAUGGCGAGAAAGUUGGGAUAGAAAGCAGCGAUGGAACAAUAUUAUAAUCGUAAGAGGUCGAGAAAUAAUAACAAGUUAAAAAUUGGAGUUGUAAUGGAAAAUUUGUGAUUGAAGAGAAGAUCCGUGGAGAAGAUAGAAAGGAUUGAAUUAAGAUUUCGUUCAAGAAAGAAGCACGACGAGAUAUAUUGUCAGAAAAGAAAUUAGAACUUAUUAUAGUUAUUGGCAGUAUAGAAAUAAAUCGAGGAAGCGAAUUGGAUAGAUAUAUGUGCGAUGACGUAACAUGAGUACAACGAAAAUGUGACUACUAUAUUGCAAAUACAAUCUCUGCAGAUAUGACGACAUUCGAGGUGUCUCGCGUUGAGAUUUUUUCAGACGUAUCUCGUUGACUCCACUUCGUGUGUCUACGGUCGAUAAUCUCUCGACUUUUCUCUUGCUACAUUUUCAACUCUUUAAUGAGCUCGCAAACAUUGAAAUCUGUGCACGUAUGAUAUUGGAGAGAACUGUGCCAGUCAAGAUUUCAUUAUAAUAAAUAUAAUUUCAUAAAGAAAUAUUUUAUUUCGAUAUUUAUAAAGUUAAGAAAAAUAGCUAGCACGAAAGUCGUGGAUUAAUUCAUAAUUCGUAGCGAAAUUUUCUUGAACGUGAAGAGGAAAUUUUUCAAAAUUAACAACAGAUAACAGGCUGCUUUAUGAUUCAAUAUGUGGUUGCCGGUGAUAUCUAUUUUAUGGACUAUCGUGAAUUUGGUGCAGCGUAAAUUUACGACAAAAAGUGUGAUGUAUUCUACGUUAAAUGAAACAACAGGUGAGUGUGACCAGUUCGUGGGGUGCAACAAGGUGGAAAUCAUCACAGAUUUUGCGCCACGUACCGCACGAAAACACGCAGAGGCUCACAGAGCUCUAGAGCUCCUCGAGGAUUAUCACGCGAAGCUGACGAGGCCUCAGGACAAGCAGCUACGAUUGGCCAUCGAGCGUGUCAUCCGUAUCUUCAAAAGCAGGCUCUUCCAGGCGUUAUUGGGUAAGUGACUACUCUACAACUCUAGCCUAGUAGCCUCUCUCUCUUCUAUGGAAACUUUUAGAAUUACUUUUAGGUAACGUGAAGAUUCUUCUGGCGCCGAGAUACGGACGUAGGUUGAAAGGGAGGAGGGGAAGGGGGAGGAAGUACGCCGUAGCCGAAUUGCUUUUCGCGAUACUCGACGUGAGGGAUGGAUCGAAGGAGGGAGGAGGAGGAGGAGGAGGAGGAGGAGGAGGAGGAGGAGGGAUGGUUGAACGCCGAAGACAAACGAUGGAAAGAGGUUUAAGAGAGGAGGAGGAAGGUCGAGGAGGGGAUGUAAAUGUGUAAGCACGUAACUUUUCUCUCGUGUGCAAAUGCCUUCGGGAGCGUUAUGAAUGGUUGAACGGGCGUGUUUCCGCUCGGAGCGUAAAAAUAGGGGCGAGUGCAGGGUUCGUUGAAGCCUCUGCCAUUAGCUGAACGAGACGUUAUGGUCGUUUUAUCCCUUAGCCGCGAGGAAUGCGGCUACCGAUAUUCAGGCUUCUUGGAAUGCGCUUGCAUCCGGAUCUUGGAACUAUUUCCAUGUUCUUUUUCUUUGGAUUUGAUUGAAAAAAAAAAA